AUGCGGCUCCCUGCGCCCGUCCUGCUCUGCCUCGGGGCCUGGCUGUCCUGUGCCAGUGCCAUCAUCCCAGUGGAGGAGGAGAACCCCGCGUUCUGGAACCAGCAGGCAGCGGAGGCCAUCAAAGCGACCCUCAAACUCCAGCCCAUGAAUUAUCAGGCCAAGAACCUGAUCCUCUUCCUCGGGGACGGAAUGGGGGUCCCAACCAUCACCGCCACACGGAUCCUCAAGGGGCAGCUGCACGGGCAGCUGAGCCCCGAGAUGCCGCUCGCCAUGGACGCCUUCCCCUAUGUGGCGCUCUCCAAGACCUACAACGUGGACCGGCAGGUGCCGGACAGCGCGGGCACCGCCACGGCCUACCUGUGCGGGGUGAAGGCCAACUACCAGACCAUCGGGGUGAGCGCUGCCGCCAGGUACUCCCAGUGCAACACCACGCUGGGCAACGAGGUCGUGUCCGUGCUGCAGAGAGCCCAGCGAGCGGGGAAGUCGGUGGGGAUCGUGACCACGACGCGGGUGCAGCACGCCUCGCCCGCGGGGACCUACGCCCAUGUGGUGAACAGGGACUGGUACGCCGACGCCAGCAUGCCGGCUGCUGCCGUGCAGGAGAACUGCAAGGACAUCGCCUGGCAGCUUGUCCACAACGUCGACUUCACCGUGAUCCUGGGGGGCGGGCGGAAGUACAUGACCCCCGCGGGGACCCCGGACCCCGAGUACCCCAGCAACACCGCCCAGAAUGGGAUGCGCAAAGACAACAAGAACCUCAUCACCCUGUGGCUGGAGUCUAAGCAGGGCGCCAGGUACGUGUGGGACAGGACGGCCCUGCUCAGCGCUGCCAGUGACACGUCCGUGACGCAUCUGAUGGGCCUCUUUGAGCCUGGCGACCUGAAGUACGAGCUCCAGCGGGACUCGACCCUGGACCCGUCCCUCACCGAGAUGACGCAGGCGGCCAUCCAGAUCCUCAGCAGGAACCCCCGGGGCUUCUACCUCUUUGUGGAAGGAGGCAGGAUUGACCACGGGCACCACGACGGCGUCGCCCAGCAGGCGCUGACGGAAGCCGUGGAGUUCGACCGCGCCAUCCAGAGGGCGGGCGAGCUGACGAGGGAAGCCGAGACCCUCACCGUGGUGACAGCUGACCACUCGCACGUCUUCAGCUUCGGCGGCUACACGCUGCGCGGCAGCUCCAUCUUCGGCUUGGCUCCCAAACUGGCCACGGACAACAAGUCAUACACGUCCAUCCUCUACGGGAACGGGCCCGGCUACCAGAUCAGUGCCACGGGCCGGCCCGACGUCAACAGCUCCCAGAGUGAGGAGACAGGGUACCUGCAGCAGGCGGCCGUGCCCCUGAGCUCGGAAACGCACGGUGGCGAGGACGUGGCCAUCCUGGCCAAGGGGCCCAUGGCCCACCUCUUCCACGGGGUGCAGGAGCAGACCUACGUCGCCCACGUCAUGGCCUACGCCGCCUGCCUGGAGCCCUACACGGACUGUCUGCACCAGAACUCUGCCAGCGCCGGCUCCGGCCUCCUGCCCCUGCUGCCCCUGCUGCUGGGCUCCCUCCUCCUGCCACUGCUCAACUAG